UACCGCCACCGUCAUCACCACUGGCCCUUACUGCAGCAAGCACAUCUUUGAUCCCAACCUUCUUCUAUACACUCAUCCAGCUCAACAACGCUUCCUCUCUCUCUCUUCUCUCUCUCUCUCCAGCUCUGAGCCGAGCCAAACAAGAUAUUUCUGAUUUCUCCUUGUGUUUGUUGAUGAAAAGGAACCCCGAAUUAGGAAUUAAAUUCGUUUUCUCAGUUAUGGAUAAUUCAAUUCUGGUUGGGAAUAAUGCUUUCUUUCCAAAUUCCGAAUAAGGCUUCGUUAGAUGUCUCGUUCCCAGCUCACAACUUCUUUGCCCACUAGUAAUCGCACAUUUCUUCUGGUAUCCGAUUCGUCUUCUUCUUCUUCUUCUUCUUCUUCGUUAUUUUUUCAUCAGUUCACUCCCCCGAGAUGCCUAUAUAACUCCACGAUGCGAGUUCCCAGGAGGCCUGUUUCCUUUUGCCUUUCAUUCUUUUCUCUCGAGUUUUUCCCUCCUUAUUCUUCUUGGGUUACCUUUAAUUCAGGAAUUCUCGGGAAAUCCAAUCGUUUUAUUUCAAAAACCAGAGGAAUUCACACCAGAGGUGUUACUUGGAGCUUAUCUUGGAAGAUUCUUAGACUCGGAACAUAACGUGGUGCACUUGCACUGUGCGCUCUUUUGAUUGACAUUUGCAGGUGUUAAUCAUUUGUGUGCCAGCUAUACAAUGGAUGAGGGUAACAAGGCCGUUUUAGCUGACAAGGCAUCUCAGUUUCAGCAUGUGGCUGGCAAUGAAGGUGCUCGAGAACCAUGUAUAUGGUCGUCUCCUGAUGGAUUUCGUAAAAUCGAAAUUGGAAAACAGAUCUUCUGCAACAGAUCACUGAAUAUGAGGAAUAUUUUAGCUGUAGGCUUUGAUAUGGAUUACACACUGGCACAGUACAAACCUGAAACCUUCGAGUCCCUUGCAUAUGAAGGCACAAUCAGAAAAUUGGUGUACGAUCUGGGUUAUCCUGGAGAGUUGCUAGAGUGGUCAUUUGAUUGGAAAUACAUGGUCAGAGGUUUGGUUCUUGAUAAGAAGAGAGGCAAUAUUUUGAAGAUGGAUCGCCAUAAAUAUGUGAAAGUGGCAUACCAUGGAUUUCGAGAGAUGUCCAAGGAAGAAAAAGUCGGUACCUAUGGAAGUACUCUGAUACGAGAUUCUUUUGAUGAGCCUGAUUAUGCACUCAUUGAUACUCUAUUUUCAUUAGCUGAGGCCUACUUGUUUGCCCAGCUUGUUGACUUUAAGGACAAUAAUCCAGGAAAAGUUCCAGAGGGAGUCGAUUAUGCUUGUAUGUACAAAGAUGUUCGAGCUGCAGUUGAUUUGUGCCAUCGUGAUGGAACUUUAAAGCAAAUGGUUGCAAAAGAUCCAAAAAGGUAUAUCAAUGAGGAUACAUCUAUAGUUCCCAUGCUCAAGAUGCUCCGAGAUUCUGGUCGUUCUACAUUCUUGGUGACAAAUAGUUUAUGGGACUAUACAAACAUUGUGAUGAAUUUUCUGUGUGGAUCCCACAUGUUGUAUGGUAGUAGAACUUCCAAUUUUGAUUGGCUUAAGUACUUUGAUGUUGUCAUCACGGGCAGUGCAAAACCAGGCUUCUUCCAUGAGGAUAAUCGUGCUAAUCUUUUUGAGGUUGAACCUGAAUCUGGAAUGCUUCGCAAUACUGAUAAUGGCAAUCCAAUGCCUCAGGUGGGAAAUAGUUCACCAAAGAUAGUACUGAAGGAAUCAAGUGCGCCUUAUCGAAUUUUUCAGGGAGGCAGUGUUGGUCAUCUUCAUAAAUUGCUCUCAAUUGAGUCAAGUUCACAGGUUCUUUAUGUGGGAGAUCAUAUUUAUGGAGAUAUUCUACGCAGCAAAAAGGUUCUUGGUUGGAGAACAAUGCUUGUUGUCCCAGAGCUUGAGCGUGAGGUUGAACUUCUUUGGGGCUUAAGGGACUCACGGAAGCAACUUAGAUUGAUGAGGAAUGAACGUGAUCGAAUUGAAGACCAAAUACAUCAUCUGAAGUGGUCUCUUAAAUUUGAAGAUCUUGAUGCUGAUCAGAAGCAGACUAUGUCAGAUACAAUAGAAGAACUGGAGUCUCAAAGGGAUCAAGUAAGAAUAAGUCACCAACAGGCUCAACGAGAAUGUCACCAAAGGUUCCACAAGAUCUGGGGUCAACUAAUGAAGACUGGUUAUCAAAAUUCUCGGUUUGCUCAUCAGGUUGAGAGAUUUGCCUGCCUUUAUACCAGCCAAGUUUCCAACUUAAGCCUGUAUUCCCCGGACAAAUAUUACAGACCAAGUGAAGACUUCAUGCCUCAUGAAUUUGAUAUUCUGCCCGUGUGAUGACCACCAGUUUGGGUGCCGACUUGCUUUCAAGGGAGCUUAAUCCAUUUUUUGGUUGUGGGAAGGAUAAAAACGUUGCAAGUCUUAAUGGUUUUCUUUUGCUUAUUCCCCUUUAAUUAUGCCUGGAUGUUUCAUUAAAAUUUGAUGCUCUGUAACUAAAUCACUUGCCAAAACCUGUUUAGAUGAUAUAGUUGCUAUGUAACUGUAUUAAAACCCAAAUGUUAAACAUUUUUAACUCGCCCUCAUAUGAUGCCUAAAGAGAUGAUUGUUGCAUCUUCACUUCAA